UGCCCUUCCAAUUCAUACGGUCUACUAGUCAUCCUGUACCCGUCACAGCAAAAACCAGAGGUCGGAGCCUCAGGCAACGUAACAAUUUGUUUUUGGAAGACAAUCAUAUCAUUCAUUCAAGACAACCACUAAGCUUAAUCAACUGUUUGCGGAUGUGAUUUCCGGAAGAAUAAGUGUUGGAAUCGGAUAAGAUCGAAAUGGGUUUUGUGGUUACAACUCUAAUCUUUGCAAUGGUGAGCGUAAUUGCUUCCCUCAUGGUCAGAAUUUGCUGCGGCAGAGGCGCAUCAGCAAACUUGCUCCACUUUACACUUGUUAUCACUGCGGUAGUGUGCUGUUGGAUGAUGUGGGCGAUCGUAUACCUUGCACAGAUGAAACCACUCAUUGUUCCAAUCCUAACCGAAGGAGAGUGAUAUAGAAGAAUUUGUUCUUGCAGAAUUGAGCCACGCAUAAUUGUUCCAGACUUUCCAUUUAGGAUUUGGAUGUAUAAUUUUCGAGGAGAGUUGGUUGGAUACAUAGGUUUACUGGCUGAUGUACUACCUUGAACCGGUAUAUUUGUUCGCUUCAUCCUCCGAAAACCGGAGUAGUCCGGUCUGUUUUCUUUAUAAGUUGGCCGUGGAUAAUGCGGUUUGUAUGAACCCUGUUUUAUUGAUGUGAAAUAAAAAAAGUUAAUUCCUUGGCA